AUGUCAGAUUUCCAUCCCACCCCUUCCGCCGACUUGCUAGCCCUUCUCCAAGACCUUCGUCUCUCCGUCCCUCGAGUCAUCCAAUCACCUCCUACGCAACCUAGACGAGCGAGUGUAGCGUUGAUCAUCAGGCUGAAACCCGCACCGGAACUCAUAUUCGAAGGACAUGAACCGGAUGGAUAUGUAGGUGGUGGUGAAUUGAUUAAAGAGAGUGAUUUUGGUCUGGGAUAUACUUUAGACGAUUUCUUUAGACUUCCAUGGGUGAACCACCCCAACACCAUCCCCGAAAUCCUAUUCAUACGCCGAGCACCUCAUCAUUCACCUUCAUCCUCCUCCUCGUCCUCUGCUUCUUCUUCAGGCAGCUCGAACAGCUCUCAUAGUAGAUGGUCAAGUCAUAUAGCCUUCCCAGGCGGGAGACACGAGCCAGACGAUCAAUCUGCUUAUUUCACGGCUUUGAGGGAAACAUGGGAAGAGAUCGGUGUGGAUCUAGCUGAGAAGGAGUUCCUGCAUGUGGGGAGGUUGGAUGAGAGGGAGGUGACGACGAGUUUGGGGAAGAGGUUGUUGAUGAUUCUGAGUCCCUUUGUAUUCUUACAAACUUCACCUUUCAGUCCUACUCCAGAACUCCAAGCGACCGAAGUUUCAUCCAUUCACUGGAUACCCCUCUCAUCGUUAUCCCCACCAUUUGAAGCUGACCAAUGGUCACACGUCGAGAUUGAUAUUGGAAGUCGUCUGAGUCCUAGAAAUAGAUUUGUGAGGUGGUGUCUGAGGAACCUGAUAGGAAAGAUGCAAUUUGGAUGUGUAUUAUUACCUGAUGAGCCAGAAACGGUCGCAGAGGGAUUUAACCCAUUGGACGAAUUUGAUGAUAUCCCUGAAGGAUCUGGAAGUUGGUUCAACGACGGUAAACGCCAUUUGCGAUUAUGGGGAUUGACAUUAGGAAUGACCCUUGAUUUGAUUGCGCAUUAUCCAUCUUCUACACCUGCACAUCUAGUGUUACCACCUUCCAAACCUUCUUCGCCCACUAAAUCCGAGUUCGACCAUGAUGAGCGUGAUCGCCAGAUUGACUUCAUACCUGAUCCGAAGACACCCGUGACUGUACAAAGUAGUUUCGAAGAUCAGUGGGAAGCUGCUAGAUUAGCUUUGGAAGAAUCCAAGAAGAAUGGCACACCAAUGGCCAACGGUCAUGGAGUUGGAGCCGGUAUGAGCGUGAAAGGUGAAUUAGGGCUUAAGGUGGAUGUGGAUGUGUUGGAGGGUGGGAAGAGGAAGGAGAAGAGUAAGAACAAGAGGAGAAGAGGUGUUGGGCCUGGAAUGACUGCGGUCUUCCCGAGAUUCUCAUAUCCCGAUGUCAAUUUUUGGAUCUGGGUAUUCGGUCGAAGGUAUAGACAAGUAAUUCAAGGAUGGGAAAACUCCGUUCGAGGACCUGAUAGAGCAGCUGAUAGAAGGGUAAAUUGGUCAGGUCAAGCUUUAGCCACGUUCUAUUCGGCAGUCAGACAGGCAUUGGUAGUUACGAUCAUCAUGAGAGCUUUGUUAUCAGGAGUUGGAAUUGCAGGUUUGAGUUGGUUGUUUAUUAGAGGCUUAUCCGGAGGGCAUGGGACAGAACUGUAA